AUGGUUAAUGUAUACGGGCCGCAAUCUCCGUCCGAGAAAAAGAAGCUGUGGGAGGAUCUAACAAGGAUAAGGUAUGAAAAGCCAGGUUAUUGGAUUGUGUUUGGUGACUUUAAUGUUGUUCGAUAUCCCAGCGAAAGGUGUCAUUCAAGGUUUUGCCCCUCCAGUGCUUAUGCCUUCAACAAGUUCAUUCAAGAUGCUGACCUAAAGGAGUUUAAUAUGGGCGGGGAAAAAUUUACUUUCAUGAUUCGUAGUGAUGCCAAAUUAAGUAAGUUGGACCGAUUCUUGGUCUGCUCGGGUUACCUCAACUCCUUUCCCCUUAGUGCGGUGACUGCCCAUCCCCGUGAACUAUCUGAUCACAGCCCCAUUACCCUACAAUCGGCUGUUGCAGACUUUGGGCCUAUUCCGUUCAAGUUGUUUAACUCCUGGAUUCUAAAAGAGGGCUUUGAUCAGCUGGUAAUUGAUACAUGGAGUCGAUUCGUGGGUUACGGUACCCCGGAUGCUUAUUUGGCUGCUAAACUGAAAUUCCUAAAGAAUGCGAUUAGGAAGUGGAGGAAGGAAGUGAGCAAAAAAGAAUCAAAAGAGUUAGAUGACUCGAUAAGUAUGAUAAAGAACCUUGAGAAACAGGCGGAAAUCAGACCCCUUACAGCUUUGGAGAUUUGUAAUUGGAAUGAUGACAUUAAAAAGAUAUCGGAGUUGGAACGAUUAAAAACCAUGGAUCUAAAACAGAAGGCGCGUAUUAAAUGGACGAUUGACGGUGACGAGAACUCUAAGUUCUUCCAUGGGUUCAUCAAUAGAAAAAAUCGGAGGAAUCACAUACAUGGCCUAACAAUUAAUGGCCGUUGGACAACAGAGGUAAACCUGAUCAAAGAGGAAGUUCUGAAUUUUUUUAAAUCAAAGUUCUCUGAAAACACUACUGUUCGCCCCAAGUUCAUUAACCCAGCAUUCAAAACUUUAUCAACGAUGGAGGCCAUUAAGAUUGAAGCUCCCUUCAGUUUGGAGGAGGUAAAGGAUGCAGUCUGGCAAUGUGGCAGCGAUAAGGCCCCAGGGCCAGAUGGCUUUACAUUUACAUUUUUUUAA